AAUCAUGGACAACAAUGGAUGAGCAACAAAUGCUGGCCUUGUCAAGAAUACCCUCAUCCCAUAGAAGAAUAAAAGAAAAUUGGAGGACAUGGUCCUUCAUCUUUAGUGUUGUUUGCAGCAUCUUGUUGUGCACAAAAUGCUGUUAUGUUUGGCAAAGAACCAUUUAAAGUGCUUUAAGAUAACUUGCUGAAUAUUAAGGUGCAUGAAGAUUUGAAGCUCAGUAACGGUGCAGAUAAUUCAAGGUCUUUUCGUUGUAUCGAAGAUGUCAGGCUCAUACGACGAAUCCAGUGGGUUAGAGGAAACGACUGAUAGUUUCUGGGAGGUUGGGAAUUAUAAGCGCUCAGUGAAACGUAUCGAUGAUGGGCACAGGCUGUGCAAUGAUCUUAUGAACUGUGUCAAUGAACGAGCUAAGAUUGAAAAAUCAUACUCCCAGCAGCUGACUGACUGGUCUAAAAGAUGGAAGCAACUCAUUGACAAAGGACCACAAUAUGGCACUGUUGAGAGAGCCUGGAUGGCUCUGAUGACUGAAGCGGAUAAAGUAAGUGAGCUCCACCUGGAGAUGAGAAAUGCACUGACCGGUGAAGAUUUCGAAAAAGUUAAGAACUGGCAGAAGGAUUCUUUCCACAAACAGAUGAUUGGAGGCUUCAAAGAAACCAAAGAAGCAGAGGAUGGAUUCCGGAAAGCACAGAAACCUUGGGCUAAAAAGCUGAAAGAGGUGGAGGCAUCCAAAAAAAGUUAUCACCUAGCCUGUAAAGAGGAAAAGAUGGCAGCUACAAGGGAGGCAAACAGUAAGGCAGAGCAGUCAGUCACUCCUGAACAACAGAAGAAACUACUAGACAAGGUGGAGAAAUGUAAACAAGAAGUACAGAAGACAAAAGAAAAGUACGAGAAAGCAUUGGAUGAGUUAAGUAAAUGUACACCGCAGUAUAUGGAGAAUAUGGAACAAGUAUUUGAACAGUGCCAGCAGUUUGAGGAGAAACGAUUGGUUUUCUUCAGGGAAGUACUUCAGGACAUCAAACGACACCUAAACCUCACUGAAAACAACAACUAUGCCAACAUUUACCGAGAGCUGGAGCAGAUAAUCCGGAUUGCAGAUACACAAGAGGAUCUCAAAUGGUUCAGUAGUACACAUGGACCUGGAAUGCCAAUGAACUGGCCUCAGUUUGAGGAAUAUUCUCAAGACAUGACUCAUACAGUUGCUAAAAGAGAGAAAGUAAAAAAGGUUAAUGAAGGUAUAACAAAUGUCUCACCAGGAGGAGAGCAGGGGACACAAGCUGUGGACCGGGGCAGUGAUAAUAUCUGCCAGAGUAAUGACAGAAGUUGCAGUAAUAAUCCUUUUGAUGACGAUGAAGCCAACCAGGAGGUGAAAGAGAACCGGAAAGAGGAAGAGAAAAAUGUAAGUAGCUAUGAGAAGAACCAGGCUUACUCUGCUGAAUGGUCUGAUGAUGAAACAAGUAACCCCACCACAAAUGAUGCUAAUGGAGGAACAAAUCCAUUUGAUGAGGAAGCAUCUCCUGCCCAUGGACAGGGAGUGCGAGUGCGUGCGCUGUAUGAUUAUGAAGGUCAAGAGCAGGAUGAACUGAGCUUCAAAGCAGGUGAUUUCUUAACAAAAAUCGAAGAUGAGGAUGAACAGGGUUGGUGCAAAGGACGUCUGGAGAAUGGACAGCUGGGCUUGUAUCCAGCCAAUUAUGUUGAGGUUAUCUGAUAACACAUUGUACUUGCUGAGCUAGUUGCUGCUGCUGUAUAUAUGUGUUCUAGAUAAUGCUGUUUUUGUGAUUUGACAAAUCAUUUCAUUUUCUACUUUUUAUUAGUAGAGUAGUGCCCUGUUAUCAUUUGUGCAAAUCAUGCUUUCAUCUGUGGGCUUAAAAGAUUGUAUCCUUUAAUGGUUGAUGUAAAAACAUCUAUUUAAGAAGAAACCUACUUAACUUAUAAAGUGAGCUCUUUUCCAUUCUUAUAGUGGCAUCCCAUUUGUUGUCCCUGUUUUGUUUUUAACCAGGAAGCCCCAGUCUGAGCUUGAUUUUUUUCCAUCCUUACCUUGAUCAAUCUUACAUGCAUCUAUAUAUUUCACUUGGUUUCCUGUUAAUGAUUUUUCUGUUAUUAGCCCCUUAAUUGGCUGUGCAUAAUCAAUAAAUCAGUCUUGUGUACGUGUACACACAGAGAGAGAGAGAGAGAGAGAGACACCACUUUAGGCAUUCGGUCCUUUGCAUGGAUUUGUUGUUCUGUGUGUGUUCUUUUGACAAAACCCAUUGACCAUUGCAAUUUUAGUUGAAGACCAUUCAUGGGAGUGUCUUGUGUUGUGAGCCAUGUGGCCCUUGCAUCCGAUAAUUCUAAUUGAUCCAGUGAAGGUGACUGUGUUUACCUCAUUGAGCAGUGAUUUGUCCAAUAGCUUCCCAAAGAUUUCUGCAGCUUUGCAUUAUUUCAUUAGAGAGCAUAAAAUUGAUUAGUAAGGUAUUUGAUAUUGAAUUAUUGGUUGGCAUUAAAGGGCUCAAUCACUUGCUUACCUGUUUAUUUGUAGCACUUGGGUAGUUAAGGUAAAUGAAAUUCAGAUUAUCAAUUUGAUAAAACCAUAAUGAUUCAAGUAUGCAACUAGCUAUCUGUGUUUAAAAAGAAAAAAAAAAUUAUGUAAACUUUGUGGAAACACUCUGACUCUGCGAGUGGCUGAUUUAGUGUAGUGUAAUUGUGUUGUCUGUUGACCACUAUAUUUUAAUUGUCAAUGCGUUAAGUCUGCUGCAGUGGUUGAAAUGUUAAUCUAUACAUUUCCCAUUGAAGUAAUUAUAUCUUUUUGAAAAAGUAGCCAUUAUCUUGUUAGGAAUCGUGGAGAAUGAAUCGAGUAUUGCUAUUAACUGGGUUUUCUUUUGCUUCUGUGCAUUGUAAUGUUGGGAAAAUUUUUUAAAAGAUAUUUAGCCUAACAAACCUAGUGGAGUGAAGAGCAUUACUGUCCAUGCAGCUGUUAUGCACACAGGCCUAGGUGUCUAGUUCAAUAAAACUUAGGCUGGAAAGUAACUACCACUGAAGGGAAAAGACUUCAAAAUGAGUCUUGUAAUCUCAAGCUCUUUUGCAAUUAAGAUGUCCAAGUCCAAAAGUAAAAUAGAAAGGCCUGUGAGCAUUUUACUGCACUUGCUGGCUUCUGUCACCAGAGGGCUCAAAAGGUCUAAGUAACAGUAAGCACAAAUACAAAAGUAAAAUAUGGCUGAGGCUUGAAAUCUGAGAUUUAAAAACUGGAAAUGUAUAGUAGUCUACAGCAUAUUUGCAGCGAGAAACAAAAUUCAAUUUUUAGGUGUACUGUAGAACCAUUGAAAAUACAAAUGCUGCCAGACCAUCUAGGUGUUUUCAGCAUUUGUUGUACUUAGUGAACAUAUAACCCUUUAUUGACAGCACUAUUAUUGUAGUUCUAGAAUGGCUAUCAUUUUCAACAUCUCCAGUGACUUUUACACAAACUUUCUGAAGCCACCCAUUUUUUUCUUGGAAAAUAUAAUUCAUUUUAAAAUGAAAACACUGUGACCUAAGUAAUUAAUGCAGUCCUAGCCUAAAGUAGUGAUAUACCAAGUAUAAUGCAAGAUAAAUGUAAGUAUUAAUGUUUGAGAAUCAUUUCUGUAUCUAAGACCUCUCUCAUCUUUCUCCCACUCCUCCUCAUUUAUAAAGUCUGUAUUUUUUUUCUCUGCAACUUUUCUUCUUAAAAUAUUGAACUCAACCCUUUUAAUGAACAGUUUUUCAGUUCCAUGUUUUGCCCCUCACCUUGUCGAGAUUAAAAAAUGUUAUGCAAACCUUUUAUGGUUGAUGUUGAAGAUCUGUGUUGGAAUUACCUAACUGUUUCUUAGGUUAAUCAUUUAAAAAAAUCAGUAUGGUGGAGAAGAAAACCUGGUGAAUAUCAAAAUCUGGCUUUUUCCAAGUGAGGCAACAAGAAUGAGUGCAUAUGUUUCUCUCUUUUCAUCUGUGUAUCUUAUAUAGACAAGAAUUAAGGACUGGAAAUUCAUAGACUUACAGCAUCUCAUUUUGGAGCAAACUUUCACAAACUUACUGACUCCAUAAUUACUGCAGUUAGAAAGUUACCCACUCCCUAGCAGUUUCAUGAAAGCUGUUCUGAAUUUUAACAGCUAUAUAAUGAAACUAUGUCCAGUGGAAGUUGUAAUUUUAUUAAACCUCUAACUUUGAAUGUUCUACUACAGAAACAUAGAUAAGAAGAAAGGGAUGUUGUUAUUUAAUAGAUGUCUUAGCUGGCAUGUUGUAGAGUUUUUAAACAUUUUCUUGAUGCUGGAUUCCAGUCAGGAACUAAGAAUGUGUGGGAAAUGUUGAGUUCUUUGUGUAACACAGUAGGACAGAGACCCUGACAUCAGCGACUAUUCCCAGCAUUUGUCACCAACCUCAGCAGCAUAUUUCGAUGUAAGAUUUGUGCUUUAAUGAAGUCCAACAUUUGUAUCCUUAAUCUACAGCAGUGAUGAGGUUUCACCAUUCCACUUUAGACUAGGGAGAAAAGGAAGGAAAAUUUGAUGGACUUCAAUUAAUGUGUGUGGUAUUCAUUUUGAUUUACCAGUUCAACUCCCAAAACAAUCCUACUAAUUGUCAGCACUAAGAGUUUACUGUAAGGUUUGUGUCAUGCUUUCCCUCGUCUCGUUGUAGUUUUUUGUCCUGGUUUGCCACUUGCUCCCAGUUUUCUGAGCCAAAAUUAGUGCCAAAAACACUUUGCCGUUUUGAGUGUGUGUAUGUAGGCAAGCUUGUUUAAAAGUUUGUUUCUCUCCUGAAUUUAUUCACACAUUUAGUCACUCAUUCUCCAACUCAUUUAUUCCCUAAUUUAUUUCAAACCUUCACAGGCUUUCUGCAUGGAGACUCGUUAUCUACUUCCAAAUUAACUCCAAGAGUGCUUUUUAUAGGAGUGACGUAGCAAGCUCACACUCAAUAUUGGGGAUCACGAGGGUGUUGUACUGCACUUCAGAAGCACAAUUGGAUAGACAGUUUCCAAAUUCAACAUAUGAGAAUGUUGUUAAACUUAAUUAUUUAUCAUUCACACACCUUUAUAUGAAUUUUGAAAUUUCUAUGUGAGCAAACAAGUUGUUUCACCACCUUUUCAUGGAUAUUUGUUCAGUGUAAUCUAAGAUCUCUCCGUCUGUUUGGCCUGGGACUCUAUAUGUGUCUAACUUUGUCACCAGUGAAUCCAAUGCUCUUGUAGUUAAAUUGUGAUUUCUAAUUAGCAGUUAGAUAGUUGUUUUGUGACCUGUCUGAAUGUGCCCAUGAGCAUUAUAGUACUUUUGAAAUACCAUAGCUACUGGAGUGAGUUAUAAAUCAGCAGCUGUUGGAGGUUUGGAGGGUGGUUGGGAGGAGAGGAGAUCCCAAAUGAAGCAUUAGAUUGUAGAAUCAUCUGGUUCUGUAUGAUUCUGGUGUAGUAAAUAUCUGCUUACAAUAUUCUUUUGACAGUUCAGCCUUUUAAUCUGCUUAAAAACCUGAAUUAUCCAGCAAUUAAGCACUAUAAUUACCAUAGCGAUGCAGAAAUAUAGAACUUUGACAAGUUGAAUGAUAUUUCAUGUUAGGGGACUUUGAAUUGAGAAAUCAACUGCGUUGGCAGAUAGUAUUUUACAAAAAAAUCAAUUUAGUAACCCUAAAACCUCCUUUGGUUCCAAACCUUUCUCUGAUGUUUUAAAAUAAUAUGCUGAAACACAAAAGCAUUUUUUUAACCACAUUACCCAACAGUCAUCCAGAUCUUUAGGUUUACUUCUAAAAAUUCCAUGCCAUGAAUAUAUAAGUAGAUCUUGGUUCUUGGUUCUUGUUUCUGGUUCUUGGAUGUGCCAGGCUUGUGAUAUGUACUGCCAGUUCCCCAUUGCUCGUUAACCUGAGAAAGCUGACUCCUGCACAGAUCAGCCCAAAUACUUGUUCUAAAUUAUGAAAGUCUAGAUUGACUGUACAGUCAGCAAUUCUAGCCCUCAUUAAGAUGACAGCAAGUAUCAGUUGGAGCAACUGCAGGCUUUUCAUAACUUAUUUCUCAGUCGGCUUGUGCCUGUCAUAUGUGAAGUCGAAAUGGUAUGAGACUGUGCCCUGAAGGUAAUCACCUUCUUGGAUAAAUUCACUCCAAGCAACUUCAUACACAAUCCACAUUAUGUGGGAUAGCUAACUUAAGAAUGUUAAUAUGUUGUUACUACUUACUUCCUGAAUAUAACUUUCAAGCGGGCUUAGUUAUAAGAACCCAAGUUUCAGAUUUUUAAUGGUUUUUAACUUCUAUGGCUGAAGUUGACUGGAGGAGGUUCUAUAAUAUUAAAUUUUUCAUUCUUCACUUUGCCCUAUUUAACAAAAAGUUGCAGCUGGUAAAGAAGAAUGUAUAUUUAGCAGUGUAUUUUGUAACCAAAAAUCUAUAAAGAAUAUAUAAUUUUAAAAGAAUACUAACCCUUGCAAAAGUGUAAGUGUAGCUCAAAUUGAGAAAUGUAACACAUUUACAAAUCUCAAUAACCAUAUAUGCAACAUUUAGAAUUUCUGAGGAUAUUUAUAUUAGAAUGAAUGGUCUGUGCAGGGGUAUCUUGCCCCCCUAUGUCUACCAGCUGACAAUUGGGUUGCCACCAUUUGCCACACUCAGUAUCAAGGCAGAUAAUAACUCAUUACGAGGUUUACUUCAUUAAGACUGAUUUGUUGCUGUCUUUAAUUUGAUGCCUGCGCAUUCUUUGCAAGACAGAGUAAGGGGUGAGAAUGGGAGUUUAUUUUAAAAUCCAGGUUUCUGUCUAUUUUGAGAAUUCUGUUGACAACAUGAAAACAGGGUGGUUUUAACACCAUUAAUGACCUGGGACACGUUCCAAUAUCUGCUACUGACCAUUCUGCUUAAUGCGCAGUCUGUGCGCAAUACAAGUUAUUUAUGAAAUGGAAAAGGCAGUAUCAGUGCUUAAUUCACAAGGUCAAUUUGUAUGUCAAUGUAGUGACAUGUGGCAGUGCAACAUUCAGUUUGAUGUAUUGAUAUACCAUUCUGCAAAUUCAAUUCCAAAUACAUGUAUAAAAGUUGCAUUUGAUGCUAUUGUAUAAUCGGUGUAUAUGACUGUAAUUUAACUAGUUUCUUGUGAUUGUACUGUGUGCAUAAGUUUGAAUUGAAUUUCCUCUAUACGUUCACUGUUGUGAAGUGAAUGCUCCCUUCCUUUAAAGCCUGUGUUUACAUGCUUUAGCUGGAAGUUGAUACUACUAAUGUAGUGCCUGUUUGAACAAUACCUGCUGUUAAUGUGAACUGUAAUUGAGCCAUAUUCAUAUGUGAUAUGGAGACUGUUCCAGGUUUUUUUGCAUAGGAUUCUGGGAGUGCCAGCUGGGUUCUGCCUCAGUACCACAUGUGUCACAUUGACAUUACAAUAGUGGAAUAGAGAGCUUGCCUGGCCAGUGGAAAGAACAAUCAAAGACUAAGCUGAAUUAUGAACUGAUUUAUGAAUCUCUUAAAGACAAGAGUUUGGUUGAGUUGUCAUUUUUGAAUGUUCCAGAAUCUGAAAAUUUAUUUCAAAAUAUAGCUGUACCAAGUGGGCAUCCAUCAAAGCUGGAGGAACGCUGAGAAAAUAUCUACUUAAUGCUCGACGCUUCUAUUUAUAUUCAGACAGUUAAAUACACUAUCUUUCACUGCAGAAGUUGUGUGGUCCAUUCCCUAACUGAGUGGUAUUGUCUUUGCUAGCAAGUGCUAAUUGCUGUAAAAACUAGUGCUGGUGUACAGGCCACAUCUUUGUGUGUCGUCUUUGUACCUCCGUAUAUUGCAGCAAUUUGUAUUCUGUUAUGAUAUGUACACUCAGAUCCUAACAAUAGCGACCAUUCAAUAUGUUUAACUGUCUUCCAGGGUACAUUAAAAGAAAUGCACUUCCAACAUUCACAGUGCAUUGUGUAGUUAAUUUAGACCCCAGUUUAAUUUUAAAAAAAAUUCAAUGAGCAAUUUAUGGACUUUUAAAAUGUCUUCUGAAUUGGGACUAUAUCCUUAGGCCAUUGCCUGACAAAUAUUUCAUUACUUUUCAUUGUUUGAGGGAAAACUUUGCCCUUUCCUCCGUGCCCCCAGCACAAAGAAAUCAAAAUGGUGAUUCUUCUCGAGUGCGUCUUUAUUGAAUUUGGUAAUUUGCAGAAUUCACCCCAUGAUGAAUUCCAGAAUAUUGAAGAUUUGUAACGGUGGAAUGGUCAGCAAAUCAUGCUAGGAGACAAUGGAACAACCAUGUCUGAGUGUUACAGUUUUGAUCACAGUGGUGGAUAACUUCCUUCUAUUGUCUGCUCCACUUUGGCAAAGAAAGUAGACGCCUCUAUUGAACAUACCUGGCGACUUUUGUCAAUUACUCCGUUCAAAAGAAUAUCAAUAAAGAGAAUAUUUUAUUGAUGUGUA